AUGUUUCGCUUCUCUCUUUCUCUGCGUCAGGUGUCAAAGCGCCUGAUUGCGGAGCUUGCAAGCAUUAAUGCCAGAACGGAGUCUGCUGAUGCCAAACCAAAGACGGCUGCAGCAGCAGCCGCGAAGCCAGCGGUACCCGCAACAACGACCCCCGCAACAACGGGGGACACAGAGGCCUCGGUGGCGGCGGUGCGAUCGCAAGCAGAGGGCGCUAUGCAGAAGAGAUCACAGGCUGAGCCGGUGGUGGCACCAAAACUUUCAAAACUUGCCAGGAAGCUGCAGAAGCGAAAGAUGGUGAGGAACGACAUGGCGCCCAGUGAGCCCGCAGGCGGCGACGUCACGGCGCGGCGCGUGAAAUCCAAAGAUGACGUUGGGGAUGCCCCCUCACCGGCAGUGGAGGUUCCAAAGGAGGCGGCCGAGACUGCCGUCGCCGUCGACUAUCCUGCGAGCAGCGGGGGACAGGCACCGCAACUGAAGAAGAAAAUCAGGAAGAAGAUGGCGAAGGCGAGGCCUGCAGCAAAGCCUCACAUCCAGGAGGAGAAUGGGGGAAACCAAGGUAACUAG